AUGCUCGAUCGGAAGCCAACAGACGCGGAUGAGGAAGAUCAACAGAUUAUGGCGAGUUUUAUGAAAACCAAAAAGUGGCGCAAGAUCUUAGAACUAGGGCAAGAACUAACGCCCGCCCAGCGAUCAAACUAUUUGUGGGCCUGGCCCCUUGAACACGACGUGGAACGGUUCAGUGACGCACUAAGUCGCCACGGUAUACAAAAUAUUGCCAGCAUUGGCUGCGGUACUGGAUUGCUCGAGUGGAUCAUUGGCUGUGCAAAUGACACAGUUACUGUUGUCGGCAUUGAGAUCGAUCAGGAAUGGUGGAGCUCAAAGUACUCACCGGUCCGUUACAUUCCACUAGUGUUCGUCGAUGGGUCAGACAGUUCCAUCAAGGAAGUAAUGUCCAAAUGGCACGACGAUCCCCUAGCUUCACUUUUGUUCUGCUACUUCAACAAUGGCGUAGCGUUUGAACAGUAUGUAAAAGAGUUUAACGGUCGCUUCGUAAUACUGAUUGGUCCGGACGGUGAAAAGGGUGUGCAUACCAAUCCCUUGCCUUUGGCACCCGGUGAAUGGUUUUGCCGUGAGUGGAAGCUGGUGAACGAUUUCACCAUCGGUAGUGAAAACAUUAAUUGCGUUGCCAUCUACGAGCGGAUACGGUCUGACCUCUUAACCGUUUAG